AUGUCAAAUAAAAAUCACAAACCAGGAACAUCGACUGAUGUUUCCGCAGCCGAUACAUCUCCUAUUCGCCGCGACAUCGGCCCUCUCCGCAUAAUCGCGAUCGGUUUCAACAUCCCUAACAGUUGGGUCGCCAUCGCAGCAAGUCUAUCCACCGCUCUCGCAGCCGGCGGCACAGUCAGUCUCAUCUACGGAACCUUCGUUUCAUGUGCCUUUUAUGCCUGCGCUACAGUGACGCUCGCCGAACUAGCCAGUGUAUACCCCACUGCUGGAGGCCAGUAUCAUUUCACCAGCAUUUUGGCUCCUGAAAGGUACAACCGCCAGUUUUCGUAUGUCUGCGGUAUGAUAUCAACGCUGUCGUGGACUAUUAAUGCUGCAAGCGUGGCCCUUAUCGGGAGUCAGUUGCUUGUGUCUUUUCCUCAGUUCUUUAAUGGCUAUGAGCCGGAGCGAUGGCAUUUGUUUCUUACUUAUCAAGGACUGAACUUGUUUUCACUCUUUUAUAACUUGUUUAUUGUCAAGCGUACAAACUGGAUCCACGAUUGCGCAUUUGUCCUUACUCUAUCAACCUUCUUCGUCACAUGCAUAACAUGUUUAUCCCGAAGCGAAAAACAAUCUUCAGAGUGGGUAUGGACAAAUUUCGAGACCGCGACUGGUUGGAAUGAUGGCGUUGCAUUCAUGACCAGCUUGGUAACGCCCUGUUAUAUGUACGGCGGUCUGGACGCUGCCCUGCAUCUUGCUGAGGAGACGUUGAAUGCAUCGCAGACGGUUCCGCGAGCUCUUAUGGCAACAAUAGGUAUUGGCUUUCUCACGGCGUUUUCAUUCGCCGUCUCCAUGGCGUACUGCAUCUCUGAUCUGGACGGCCUCCUUACAGCUACAAUGCCCAUUUUUCAGCUUUGGCGUACCGCAACGCGAUCAGAUGCCGCUGGGGUAACUUUUCUCGUUUCCCUAACGAUCGUCGUUAUCUUUGUCCUCAUCGCCAUCCAGCAAACGACAUCUCGCCUGAUAUGGUCAUUCGCUAGAGACCAUGGCCUCUACCUCUCACACCAUUUCUCUCAACUUUCGCCACAGCUUAGGUGGAUUCCUGCCAAUGCGCUUAUUCUCAACACAGUCCUUGUGUUCUUUUGUGGGUGCUUGUUUCUGGCUUCGACUGCAGCUUUCAAUGCUCUUGUUGGCUCAUUCCUCCUAUUGCAAAUGAUCUCAUUUGCUCUACCAGCUGCCCUACUUAUCUACCAGAGGCGUAGCACAACCUUUCUUCCUCGAUCCCGUGGCUUUCGAGUUCCGGACACCGUUGGGUGGAUUUGCAAUUUUGGAACUAUUGUUGCGGCUGUUAUUGAGCUUGUGUUCUUUGUGUUUCCUCUCUCCCUCCCCGUAUCAGCCCUGUCCAUGAACUAUGCCAGUGUCGUUCUGUUAAUCCUCUUGUUGUUCUCGGUGAUGAAUUGGUUCAUGUUUGCGAAACAACACUACCAAGGUCCCCGGGUUGAGCUUCUCCUAAACCAGAACAUAUCUGCAGCUACAUCUUUCGAAGAAGCUCAAGCAGUCGGAAAUUUAGGCAAAUGUACUCCAGGCAAAGAUAAAUGCACCGAGUCGUUCCGCCUCGUCUCUGUUACCAUUGACUCCAAUCGGCAACCCUCUCUGACCCUCAAGAAACAUGAAAUUUCCAGUCCUACCAGGCCGGAAUACUACGCACUCUCCUAUACGUGGAACCCCCCCUAUAUGGGCGAUCCAGCAUACUACGAAGACACUGACGUGCGCUACAUUCUCCUCAACGGGUCCGAAUUUGCUGUCAAGCCUAAUCUUCACGAUGCUCUCUUCCAACUCCACCAUUCUUAUUCUCAGAUGCUAUUCUGGAUUGACGCCCUCUGCAUCAACCAAAAUGAUUUACACGAGCGCAAACUUCAAGUGGGCAUCAUGGACCGAAUCUUCGGAGGUGCCAGUCGUGUGGUUGUCUGGCUGGGGAAACCCUUUGCUAAGCUUGAGCUAGGGCUCCAAGUUGCACAACGAAUAGCCAGCAUCGCCUCAACAGCUUGCAAAGCCAUCGUUCGGGAGCAGAGGUAUCCCCACACCCAUCACCUUGAAGAAAUGAAAGAUACCUAUGGACUUGACCCGUUGAGCUUCGACGAGGCCGAUGCCCUGGUUACGCUCUUCAGUUGCCGCUGGUUUGGGAGACAGUGGGUUAUUCAGGAAGUGGCCCUAGCGGGGCAGAUCGAUAUCAUAUGCAAUGAAAUGAGCGUUCCGUUUGAUAAAAUCGGGUCGACAGCGUUAUUCUUGCAUCUAAGUGGCCUGCUUGUGGGAAUAGGCAACUUGCUGGUCGCGGGCGGGAGAAACAUGCGUUUGUUGGAAGACAUGCACCUCAUGCAGACCGGGAGAACUCAAAUAGUCCGCGAAUGGUGUAAAGGCGAUCGCAGUGAGUGGAGGGAUGUUUUACCUCUGAUCGACUUUACAGCUGGAAUUGUCGAGAACACUGUGGCCGUCGGUGAAGGAAAGGAGGGAAUAGUCGGCGUUGUUCUUCUAAAGCUGCUGAUGUGGCUGGUCGGUUUCGAUUGCGGAGACCGUCGCGAUACUAUAUACGGACUGGCAGGUAUAAUCAGCCACGUCGUCAGUAUUCACGGUCUCGACAGCAUUCCUCAGAGACUCCAGCCGGAUUAUCGUCUCGAUACAGCCACUGUGCUCCACAAUGCCGCGACGGAGAUUCUACAGGCGACUGGGAGUUUGGCUCUUCUGGGUGUUGUCAAGGACCCAGCUCUACGUGAGACCAAAGGCCUACCGUCCUGGGUCCCAGAUUAUCCCCCGAGAAUGGCCUUGAAUCCAAUGGCCGGACCAAACUUCAAGUCUCUGGGUAAGUUUGACGCGUCGAAAUCUAUAAAUACAGCCAGGUAUGGUGUCGACUUCCAUGUAGACGACAAGGUCCUGCGUGCUCGUGGGUUCCUCCUGGGUCGUGUUAAAGCCUUGGGCGAGUCUUUGCAACCCAUGGUAUCUGGUGGUGACUUCGCUCAGUGCGCUGCAAUGCUAGUCGACGCAGAGGAGACAUAUCGGUUCACGAACCAGCCCUUCGCGGAGGCAUUCUGGCGAACAUUGGUGUUUGACCAGGACUUAUCCGACCGCCCAGCCAAACUUCCCACAACCAAGCAUUUCCAAGACAUGGUACUUAUGAUGAUGGCUAAAAGAAUCAGCGAUGAGUUCAAAUCUGGAGGAUCGGUAGGUGUCGAAGCCUUUCUACAGACUUUGGAGGCUAUGGACACGCUGGAAGCCAAACAUCCAAAACAAAGCCCUUUCCCCACGACUAGGCUCCUAGCCUCAUUCUGCAGUGGGUUUGGCUUCCUUCCCGAAAAUGGGAAUGAUAAAGUAUGGUCAUCGGCACAGCAGAUGGCUUGGAUGGAGUCAAAGAAGAAGAACUUGGUAUUUAUGUUUUCCUUGCUAAGCACUACUCUAUUCAACCGGCGGCCAGCGAUAACGGAUGGAGGGUAUUUGGCCUGUGUUUUUGACUCUACGAUGGUAGACGAUGAGGUCUGGAUUGUCUCCGGGUGUCCCACGCCGCUGGUUAUGAGAAGUAAGGGUCAACAGUACACUCUGAUCGGCUCCACGGAGACCUCGAUAGCCACUUCUAGCGACCAGGCUUCGACUACCGAUAUUUCUUCUAUCGUUUCCGAAUCUGUUUCUUCGACCGCCACUUCUGAACUCGAGUCCUCGACGACCGCUUUGUCUUCUGCCAUUUCCGAAUCUAUUGCCUCAACAGCCACGACGACAACGGAUUCCCAAUUUUCCUCCACGACUGAGCUUUCCACUUCCUUCAUCACUACAGACACAGCCACUGCGACUACUUCAGCUGAACUCUCCUCGAUUGAGACUCUCACGACCACGACUGCAGAGGCAACCACUUCUGACGCUCCUACAACCACUACCACGACUGAGGAAUCUGCCCCCUCUGGGUUCUUUGCAAACCCCUCGUUUGAGGUGCCAAACUCUCUGGGAGUCUACGAUGGAUCGCCAUGGGCUUUGCAAGACAGCAGCUUUCCAUUGUCAGUUAGUAUCAAAUCCGGACUUGGCCAUACUGGCUCCCACUCAGCAUAUUGGUCGGUCACAAGCACCGAUACAAGUGCACGCAUCCAGCAGAUGGCCGCCUUGGAGGCAAACCAGAUGUACUCGCUAUCAUUCUGGUGGUACAUCGAUAACGACGUGCAACCACAGGGUCUCAAUGGAUGCUCUGUAUCUAUUUUACAAAGAAGUGGACGAUCAAAUCUUAUCCCUGGCACCCUGGACCUCUCGACGACGAUACCUCUCAAGACCUGGACGAAAUAUGACAUAAGCUUCAACUCUCAGACCCUUGCUCCAGCGAUGAUGACAUUCAUUGUCAGUUGUUCUGGUAGUGCUGGUACUGGAUUUAAGUUAGCUAUUGAUGAUAUCGAUCUGGUAAAGCAGUCUUAG